GUCGGUUCUGGGCUGUGAUUGGUGGAGAGUGACGGCGGAUUGAGUGACGUAGCGCAGGGGGAGGUUGCGGCCUAGUCGGUCCCCUCGGUCCCCGUGAUACCGCUGUCGGCAGUGAAGCGCCGGGGCGGCGGCGGGGUAUAGAACCAGACACUGCAUCCAUUGUGACUGAGCCACGAGUAACCUGCUGAGAUCAGAAGCCCUGGCUUCAGACAAUAUGAAAGCGCUGAAGAGUGGGUUGCUUGCAAUGCCAGAACACUCUGAUGUAAGCCUAUCUCCUGAGGAGCGUGUGCGGGCCCUCACCAAGAAAGGGAGUUCUGUCGACGUAAAUGAUGAUGUCCCUCUGCGGAGGUACUUCCGUUCUGGGGUUGAAAUGAUUCGCAUGGCUUCAGUUUAUGUGGAUGAAGGCAAUCUGGAAAGUGCAUUUGUGCUUUACAAUAAGUACAUCACGUUGUUCUUGGAAAAGUUGCCCAAACACCGGGAUUAUAAGACCAGCGUAAUACCCGAAAAGAAGGAGACAAUUAAAAAACUAAAAGAGAUUGCAUUUCCGAAGGCUGAGCAGUUGAAGAGUGAGCUCCUGAGGAGGUACGGGAUCGAGUAUGCAGAGUUCCAGGAGCAACAGCAGAGGGCCGCGGAGGAGCUUGCACAGGAGCUGGCCCGGCAGCAACAGGUCGAAGAUGAAAAGCAGAGGGUGGCAAGAAUGCGACAGCAGCAAGUAGAACAGGAGCAGUUCCGUGCCUUUGAAGAGAUGAUCCGGCGGAAACAGCUAGAGAAGGAACGAUUGGAAGUGCUGGAAGAAUAUGCAAAACCAGAAAAUCCUCCCACAUCAAAGGACUGCCCCCUCAUCCCUGGCAUUCAGAGACCACCGAAUGCUGGUAGCCCACUGUGGCCUGCUGCAAGUGUUCCAAAUGCUGACCCACCUGCCGUAGAUCGUUCAACAAAGCCCACGACCUUUGGAACCAACUGGAACAAUUUUUCUGCAGACAAACUCCGUAAUGUAGUAGUUUCUAAAGGCCUGUGUCAGCAGUUUCUCCAGCUCGCUGAGGCCAAUACAGCCCAAGGAGUGGAAACCUGUGGGAUACUCUGUGGAAAAUUGCUGCAGAAUGAGUUUACCAUAACCCACGUGAUCGUACCCAAACAGAACGCGGGUCCCGAUUACUGUAACACAGAGAGUGAAGAGGAACUAUUCCUUAUUCAAGAUCACAAUGACUUGAUAACUUUGGGCUGGAUACAUACCCAUCCAACACAGACUGCAUUCCUGUCCAGCGUGGACCUUCACACCCACUGCUCCUACCAGAUCAUGCUUCCAGAGGCCAUAGCAAUCGUUUGUUCACCCAAGUACAACGAGUCAGGAUUUUUCAGACUGACGGAACAUGGGAUGGAUGAGAUCUCCUCCUGUAAGCAGAAAGGUUUUCACCCACAUCUCAAGGAUCCCCCUCUGUUUAAUGCAUGCUCGCAUGUUUCCAUCGUAGAGACAGAUGUUACAAUCCUGGACCUUCGGUGAUUGCUGCCGCCUUAAGUGUCUUUGGUUUCCAUAGAAACCGUUAACCAUGCUGUCACUCUCUUUAGUACUUCAGGUAGAGAAUUCAGUGUCUCUAACAGUUACAAACUUGAGUUUUUGUUUUAAAAGUAACUGUUCUAAAAUACUACAAAUCCUUGUCAAUUUCAAAUUCUAUUCUGUACAGAAAAUGGAAUUGCCUUUAUUUAAAUGCCUGCACUGCUGCACUUAACUUUGAUGGAACAUGGGAGAUGAAGUAUGAUGCCUUUCAGUUUUAUUUUCAGUAAAACUGUUAUUUGUUAACCCUUUUUGAUCUAACUAUUGUCCCUUUGCAUAUCAAUAAACCAAGUGUGAUCAUUUA